GAGUAGUAAAUAAAAACAAUGAAAGUAAACAUCAACCACCGUAUGUAGUCCCUUGCAAAAUCUUUAUAAGUAAUUAUAUUUAGAAGCGGGGGAGUAGUAAAUAAAAAUAAUGAGAGUACACAUCAACCAUGAACAUGUAUGUGCUUAGAUCAACUCUAGCAGACUCAUCAAACUAGCAGUCUUUGUAUCCAUAUAAAACACACUCUACAUCCAUAUAAAACAAUAAAAAUAAUGCGAACUCAGAAUGACCAUAAUGUCAGCCUCCGUAAUCACGGGACCGACUUGUCGUUAAGAUAUCAAUAUGUUUAUUUUUCUUUAUUUAUUUAUAAACGCAAGAGGUAUAUAUAUGACGUGAAUGGAUCAAGUAGUCUAAGUGUUUUUUUUUCUUUCCUUUGACAGCCGCCGGUCUUAAUUUUGGUUCGAUCAACACACAUAUGGCGACACGUGUCGGACCAAGUGCCAUUCUGGAGCCUACUCCUUCUGGCGUGUACGUACCAUUGUUUUACAACGAAGAAAGCUCAGACCGUACGCCAAGCGUACUGUCUAUGCCAUAUUUUAUACUGCUAGCAUGGCAUGCGCUCAAAACCCUUUUUCUUGCAUAAAUAAAUAAACUAAUGAAUGAAUGAAGGAGAAUGGAGAAAACUUGCAUUGGUCUGCAUGGCAUGGCAAAGCUUCAAGUGUGUCCAUUCCAUCCUCGACGUUCACGUCACUCGCAUAUACUCCACGGCCUUAUCCUCCAUUCCUCAUCAACCAUCAGUCACGGAGUGAUGACCGAAGAAGAAAACUGCAGGGAUUACGGGAAGGGCCCACCGGUCAGACACAUCGGCCGAUCGUUCGUCGGUUUUUCCCUGCUUUUAUAAAAAGGCCAAAGCAAGCAUCUCCCAACCGUCGGGCGCCAUUUUUCUUUUCCAAGAGCUUCUCUCCCUGUACGCCUGCUCCUCCACCGUCUCCAUUCCUCCUCGUCGUCGAGGGAAGGCGGUGUCGAUUGGCAGUGAUCGAUUGCAGCAGGUUAGCCAAGUAAUGGACCCUCUUUUUCUUGUGGUUCAGUUCAGGCCUCCAUACUACCGGCGACUUCCAACUGAAAUGUUCUUACCACUUACUUUCGAAAGAUGCACGAUUUCUUUUCCAUUUUCUGGAUCUCGUAUGCAGUUGAAUUGUACGUCAUUACCAUGUAUGAAUGUGUAUGUUUAUGCCAUAUCCUCUGAGACCAAGUUAAAAGUCGCCGCGCAACUUGCUUGCUAGCUUUCCUCUGCUGGGAAGGUGAGAGCCGACAGGUUUUCAUGAAUGAAUGCUGGCUGGGAAGAUGAAAAAAAGGCGAGAAAUUUACUUGUGUCAUCCCUGCUCGUGAUCCACUUUGGCUAGCUGUUGGACGUGGAUGUGAGGCUCGUGAUCAACAUAAAUUGGGGGCUCCCUCCCUCACUCUCUUUGUUGGCAACUUGGCCUCCAAUUUGACCAAAAAUUAUGUAGCGCCCAGGCCUCAGCUUCUCCUCUUCCCCUUUUCACCUCCCCCUCAUGCAACUUGCGCACCACCAUUGAUUUGAUCCUAGCGCACCUCGAGUUUCAUACUUCAUGCCCAUGGGGCCCUGAGCCUUCUCUUCUUUCUCCACCGAAAAAUCUCACCUCUGAAUUGCUUCUUGUGCAUAGUGCUUCUCACCAUCAGGAGAUAGGUUCGUUCGAUGGGGUGCUUCAGCUCCAAGCCAGACGACGCCAGCACGCUGAUCAGGAGGCGGCCCGCGAGCAUCGGUGAGGUGGCCGUCUUCGUGCCAGGGCUGCGCGUCCCCGAGCCCCUGGAGCUGCCCCCGCCACUCGCCGACAGCCUCCCUAGGAGGCUCACAGAGCGGCUGGCCGCGUCCAGGGACCGCAUCGCCAACAUGGCCGCCCGCGAGGCACUAGCCGUCACCAAGCCCCGCAGGCGCGCUGCCACACAGCAUGGGGCGUCGACGUCGGCCGAUCUCGUGCAGGCCUUGGAAGAGUACCUGCCAGUUAUUCUAGGGUUGGCAAAAGAUGGCAGCGAGCUGGAGGACAAGAUACACUUUGCAUGGAUGAACCAAGAAGAUGAUGCAGAGGAAACAGCGUUGCCCAGCGCCUGGUACGAGGUGCUGUCGGUGCUGCACAUGAUGGCCAUGCUCCAUUUAUCGCUGGCAAACUCCCUGCUCCUGCCGAAGACAUCUCUCGAGGGAUAUCACGCCAAAGUAUCCGAAGAGAACAAACGCACUUCAGUCGAGGUGUUCCUCAAGGCAGCCGGGCACCUGGAAUGCGCCAUGAAGCAUGUUCUUCCCAGGAUCUCUGCUGAAAACAGGAAAGGUCUCCCAGUGGACCUGUCUGAAGGGGUCCUGAAAGCUACCUGCAUGCAAGCACUCGGUCAGGCAAUUGAUGUUCAACUUGGGUUGGCAAUUGACAGUCCAAAGGCUACCCUGGCUGUCAAAAGGAGGCUGGCAUGUGAGAUGGUCAAGUGCUGGCAGCAGGCACAUGAAAGCAUCGCAGACAUACCUCUCCUUGAUGGCUGGGGCGAAAAACACAGGCUCUUUGUCAAGUGGAAGCACAUGGAAGCAAAAGCUGCGGCGUACUACUACCACGGGCUGAUCCUCGACGAAGGCAACACCGAGAAGUCUCACCGAGCGGCCGUGGCGGCGCUGCAGUCUGCGGAGGAGUCCCUGAGGGAGAGCAGAGCCGUCUGCGAGGCCUUCCACAGUGCAUCCCCCUUUUCAAGGAGCCCAACCCUAUGGGGGUCAAUGAAGUACCUCCACGACAAGAUCCACAAGGACUCCAACUGCAAAGUCCGCAUCAACAAGGACCUCUACAGCAACGUCGACAGGACACACGAGACAGUGCCGGCGCUGCCGGAUUUCGCAGUGGCCCUCCAGCCGGAGGAGUACCGUCUUCCUCGCACAGACGCUGCUUCUGGAAAUGACUAGCUGCUAGCUGAAGCAUGUGUGUAUGCAGAUCCUUGAUUCACUAGAUCCUGAGUAAUCAUAUGUGUACCUUCCCAUCGAUGGAUGGAUGAUUAAUUUGUGGCGGAAUCAAAUGAUGAACUGAACCAAACAAUCUGGAAAUGCCAGUCACUGAAAGGAAUAAUACUAGAGCUAGUUUCAGCAGUUGAAAUA